CGACCUGAGCAACAACCAGCUGAGCGGCUCUCUGCCUGAAGGCCUUGGGAGAAUCUCCCUCCUCUCCCACCUUGACAUCAGUGACAACUUGUUGAAUGGCACUCUGCUUCACGAAUUGGACCAACUCACUGCCCUUACAAGCCUCAAUCUGGCCAGCAACGCCAUCAACGGCUCCAUCCCUGAAUCUCUGGGAAACCUCACCAACCUCGUCUCUCUCAACUUCACAAUGAAUCUGCUCAAUGGAUCCAUUCCAUCGUCCUUUGGUGAAUUCGCCCACCUCCUCUAUUU